UUUCUUGCUUCAACCAUUAUUCGAUUAUUAUUCUUACAAAGAAUUAGAAUCACUAAAGCAAAAUAAGUCCUUUAAUCGUACUCUUGGCUUUGAUCAUAUUUAUGUAGUUCAUCUAGACCAUCGAACUGAUAGACGUAAAAGAUUAGAUAAUAUAGCAUCAUAUCUUGGUUUAGAUAUUGAUUAUUUCUCAGCUCUUUCUAAAGACGAUGAACGAGUUCUCAACAGAUAUGGCACCUCAGAGCUGAGCCCUCCACAAAAAGCAACUUAUCUUAGUCAUUACUUUCUCUAUAAAUUGAUGGUUGAUAAAAAUUACAAUAACAUCUUAAUUUUAGAAGAUGAUGCGGACUUUGAACUUAACAUUACAGCUAUUAUGACUGAUAUUCAUAGUGAUUUACCCUCAUCUUGGGAAAUUUUAUUUGUAGGUCAUUGUUUUGAAGCUACUGGUGACCAAGUCGGAGAAACUUCUUCUGUUCAUAGGUUAUAUAGAUCUAUAUUCCCAAUGUGUUCGCAUGCUUAUGCAAUUUCUUAUUCGGGAGUCCGCAAAUUAAUAGAGCUGCUUGAUCCUAUGAUUCCACGUGGACCGAUUGAUUAUUCUCUUAUGGUAGUAAUUGAAGAAGGGAAAAUCUCAUCAUCCACAACCCAUAGUGCAGUGGAAAGCUUCUGA